CUGAAACCUGUGCUCAGUCACCAGUAACCGGCCACUGCACUGAGACGAUGACCAUCUGGUAAAUAACCAAGCAAAACUCCAGCACUGUGUAGGAAAUGGCUGCUGUUGCUGCUUUCUUCUUUCUUCUCCCAGUCUCAUGGGCCUGUGCUCCUCAAAAAGCUGAUUAUGUUAUGGUUUCCUGUUUUCCAAACGCCAUCAUUGCAAAUGUGCCCGAGUGCCCAUACGGGUGGGAGAUAGGGCAGUUGUCUCUGGGUGGUGUGUGCUAUACGGGGAUUAACACUCCUGGCUUCUACCGCUUUACAAUCCCCGACCUCACGCCCAAGAACCACUCAUACUGUGGGACAAUGUCUGAGUAUGUUGGAGGCAAAGAUCCAAAAUACAUCUUCUACAACUCUAUAGUCUCCAACGACUCCUCGCUCACAGUGCGCAACCAGCCAGUAAACUACACCUUCAGCUGCACAUACAAGGCGGCUUACUUGGUCAACAAUGCAGUCUUCAGCCAAAGCCUUUUUACUAAACCCUCUGUUUCUUCCAGAGUGGCAACAGUUUAUGUCAACAACGGGAGUUUAGGUUCUUUUAAGUCUCAGUUGUCUAUGAACGUGUUCACAAACUCAAAGUUCCUAUAUGCUAAAGAUGCUCCAUAUGUGAUUGAUACAUCAGAAAUUGGCUCGGAGGUUUUUAUUGGCAUUGAGGCAAAAGGAUUGAGUAACAGGUUUAAGGUGGUCAUAACAAAUUGCUGGGCAACACCUACUCCAUAUUCAACAGACAAGAAGAGAUGGAGUUUAAUUGUCAAUAGCUGCUCAUCAGACAAUACAGUGACCAUAUUUGAGAAUGCCAAAGACAGUCGCUCCAUGUUCAAGUUCAAUUCGUUUCGCUUCCAACGACUAGAGAAGGUGUCCACAGUCUGGCUUCACUGCGAGGUUCAAGUGUGUGAUGGUGAAAAGCUCUUCUGUCAGCCGACUCCCUGUACUUUGAGGAGUGCCAAAUUGGAACCAGAUCCAAGUGGAGGCAUUUUGACGACGGAGUUUCAAAUCAAAGCUCAACACUCUUCAAGUUAUACACCUCUUGCAGGCACAUUUUUAUGCAUGGUGUGUAUUUUUUUGCUAAAUGCAGUUUUAGGUUAUGCCAGUUUGUAAAAGAUGGUUAGUGUGGGUGGGUAUAAAAAAAA